GCAGCACACUGACGGAGCGCAAAGAGGGACGUAACGAACAGUCUGAGCAAGAAGAGGAACAUUACACCAUUACUGGAGAAGAUUUACCAAUCUACCCCCUUUUCUGGUUCCUCGUCCAGGCAGCCCUGGCUCGCUCGCUCGCCACGAUGAGAACUGACUUCGCUUUGGUCCUGACAGCAGCUCUUCUUCUGGACACAUUCUGGAGGAAUAAUGGAGAGCAUGCUUCCAAAGGUUCUUGCCGACCUGGCUUCUCACAAAGCUUCUACUCUGUGCUCAUUUCAAGGGAUGUACUGCAAGGCCAGGGCAUAGGCAAAGAUACCACAGUGUCAUCACAAAAAGUGAAGUUCGAUGACUGCAUGGGGAAUGAAGCUGUGGUUUUCCAAAGCAGUGACCCAAACUUCAGCGUGCGAACAGAUGGGUCUAUCUUUGCCCAGGGAGAUGGAGCCAGCCUGAAUGAACCGGUCCAGUUUAAACUAACAGCAAGUGGUCCAACCACACAUGUUUGGGAGACAGUGGUCCAACUGGCUUUAAUUGACCCACCAUCACCCCAACAAACUGAAAAUGAGGUCACAGAGGAAGAGGGGAAAGUGGCGGAGAGAAAAGACACGAAGGAAGCGUCCCAAGCUCCUCCUCCUGUCAUCAUGUUCUCAGGGUCCGGCCUCAACAGCUCCAAGGGUCUGCGGAGGCAGAAGAGGGACUGGGUGAUCCCACCAAUCAACGUGGCAGAAAAUUCUCGAGGACCGUUCCCUCAGAUGCUCGUCAGCAUUCGUUCCGACCAGGACAAGGACAUCUCGAUCCGAUACAGCAUCACUGGGGUGGGAGCGGAUCAGCCGCCCAAUGAGGUGUUUAAUAUCGACCCGGUGCUUGGAAAGAUGUUCGUCACCAAACCUCUUGAUCGAGAACAUCGCUCUUCUUACCAUCUGCGAGCCCAUGCUGUGGACAUGAAUGGGAACCAGGUUGAGAACCCCAUUGAUCUGUACAUCUUUGUCAUCGACAUGAAUGACAACAGACCAGAGUUCAAAAACCAGGUCUACAAUGGCUCUGUGGACGAAGGAUCUAAACCAGGAACAUACGUGAUGCACGUGUCAGCGUUCGACGGUGACGACAACACCACGGCGAACGGAAUGGUGCGCUAUCGAAUCCUGUCCCAGACGCCGCACAGCCCCAUCCCGAACAUGUUCACCAUCAACAGUGAGACCGGAGAUAUCGUGACUGUGGCACCUGGUCUGGAUCGAGAGAAAGUGUCCCAGUAUACCAUCAUUGUGCAGGCCACGGACAUGGAGGGGAACCUGAACUUUGGCCUUUCCAACACGGCCACCGCUAUCAUCACUGUCAGCGAUAUCAACGACAACCCUCCCAUGCUGACCUCCAGAACUUUUUCCGGUGAGGUCCCAGAGAACAGAGUGGAUCUUGUGGUGGCUAAUCUGACGGUGAUAGAUGCUGACCAGCCGCACUCGCCUAACUGGAACGCCAUCUACAGGAUCAUCAGUGGAGACACAUCCGGCCACUUCGCCAUCCGCACUGACCCCGUCACCAACGACGGCAUGGUCACCGUGGUGAAGCCGGUAGACUUUGAGAUGAACAGAGCCUUCAUGCUGACAGUGGUGGUGUCUAACCAGGCUCACCUAGCCAGUGGCAUCCAGUCCUCGCUCCAGUCCACAGCUGGGGUCACCAUAUCUGUCCAGGACGUCAAUGAACCCCCUUACUUCCCCACAAACCCGAAACACAUCCGCUUUGAGGAGGGCGUCCCUGCCGGCACCAGCCUGACGACCUUCUCAGCCUCUGAUCCCGACCGACUACAGAUGCAGCAGACAAUCAGGUAUUCAAAGCUGAACGACCCUGCAGACUGGCUGUCCAUCAACAGAACCAAUGGUCAGAUUGUGACCACAGCAAUGCUCGACCGGGAGUCGAUCUAUGUCAAAAACAAUAUAUACGAAGCCACUUUCCUGGCAACGGACAAUGGCUCUCCUGCAGCCAGCGGCACAGGCACGCUGCAGAUCUAUCUGAUAGAUAUUAAUGACAACCCCCCAGCGCUCAUACCCGGGGAGUCUCAGAUCUGUGAGCGGGUGAACAAGAACGUCCACGGUGUCAACAUUACUGCAGCUGACGCCGACACAGACCCCAACGCUGGACCCUUUGUCUUCGAGCUGCCCGGCUCUCCCACCAGCAUCCGACGCAACUGGACCAUUUCCCGAAUCAGUGGUGAUUACGCCCGUCUUGGGCUGCGGUACCAGAUAUAUUUAGAGCCAGGGGUGUACGAGGUCCCUAUCAUUGUGUCGGACUCGGGGAACCCUCCGCUGUCCAACAGGUCGGUCAUCAAAGUGAAGGUGUGUCCCUGCGAUCAACACGGAGACUGCACCACUGCGGGGCCCUUGGCGGCCGCCGGCCUGGGGACGGGAGCCAUCAUCUCCAUCCUCAUCUGCAUCAUCAUCCUGCUCAGCAUGGUGCUGUUGUUUGUGGUGUGGAUCAAGCGCCGAGAGAAGGAGAGACACACCAAGCAGCUGCUAAUCGACCCUGAAGACGAUGUCAGAGACAACAUCCUCAAAUACGAUGAAGAGGGAGGAGGAGAGGAGGACCAGGACUACGACCUGAGCCAGCUGCAGCAGCCUGACUCCUUGGAGCACAUCAUCAGCAAGCCGCCUGGUGUUCGCAGGGUGGAUGAACGUCCCAUCAUCCCAGAGUCACAGUACCCAAUCAGACCUGUCGUGCCCCAUCCUGGAGACAUCGGGGACUUCAUCCACGAGGGUCUGCGAGCAGCAGACAACGACCCAACAGCUCCUCCAUAUGACUCCCUGCUGGUGUUUGACUAUGAGGGCAGCGGCUCCACAGCCGGCUCCGUCAGCUCCCUCAACUCAUCCAGCACGGGGGACCAGGACUAUGACUACCUCAACGACUGGGGGCCCCGCUUCAAGAAGCUGGCCGACAUGUACGGAGGAGGGAACGAAGAUGAUUAAAUCUGCCCAGUCAAACAUACACACACACACCCUCGUCCCGUCAGCUGGCCUGCCAUGCUCUGUCCCUCUAACACAUGGGGCUAAUACACCCUUAAUGAACACAAGUUAACAAUGACAUGUUCACAUUGACCAACUGACUGACCAACCAACCAAUCAAAUUACCCACCACAGAGGACCGGUGUCGUGAGACAGUUUCGGGUGCUCUUCUCAACCGUCUCCUGCUCUAAGACUGAAAUGGAAGCUCUGAAUUGCAGGCUUCUCAGUUUGUAUUUUCAAACGCUUGUGCUUUUUUAUUUUUUUAUGUUAGGUUUUAUGCCAGAUGUAGUUGUUAGUAGUCAGAUUUUGUUUUUCUUUUAGUUUGUGUAACUUUUUUUUUUAUUUUUUUGUCCCAACUCCCCUUUGAUUCGAGCCGUUCCCUAUUCCUGAGGGUUUUCACUUUUCCCUCGCUGUCAGCCCCCGCCUGCCUCUCUGCAGAAGCUUUAGGUUGAGCUGCUUGCUUUGUCUGAGGGGAACAAAAGGAAAAAAAAAGAAGAACACAGAUAUGAAAGUCCUUCCUGCACGGAGGGCCCUGGUUUAUUCUUUCUUGAACUUGAAUUACUUAGAACAGAAGCACUGUUGUUUAAAAAGUGCCUUCAGUGGUGCAUAUUUUAGCAGACUCCCGCUAACUCAGGAUUGGUUGCCAUUUUUCUGGGCUAACAUGCCCCCAUAUGACCCCUGACCCUUUAACUCCGACCUUCCCUUGUCAUUUCUAUCGUCCUGCAGGGCUGUGGUAGCUGCAGGAGAUGUCAGUGCUGGUUUCAGAGGAGCAUCGAUUGGCUUACGAGGGCGCUUUAUGUAGACGUACUGUACAUAGGCCUACAGUGUGUCUGUAAGUUAUGGACAAAUCAUUUCAAGUCAGGCAUAUCUGUGCUCCUAGAUCACAGCCAAACUUGAAUGAAAUCACAGAAGUACAUUAUGGGACUGUCUUAGAGAAGAAAUGCAUUGCGUGUCUUUGUUUCUCGUGGCUUCAAUAGCAGCUGUGUUUGUUUUGAGCUCUCAGUAUUUGCACAAAAUAAUAAGGCUUGUUACUAAAUUCUCGAGAUUUACAAGUCA